CCGUGAAUGGUAAAGACUCAAACACUGUAAGAAGCCCGGAACACUUCAGCUGUGCUUACUAGCCAUGACAAGUCAAACAAGAGCAAUAAACGUGCAUAUGUUAAUGCAAGCAUCACGUAUGUUAAUAUGAAUUAUUAAUGGUAGUGAUGAUUCGAUUCCAGAAUCUUGCUGCCCUGAGGAAGCGUCAACUCGCUGAAGCGGCAUUUUCCACACUCACCAAAUUAUGUGACAGUCGAACACGGACUAGGAACGAGUUCUCAGCCGUCAGCUCAAAACCGUAAAACGAGCAAGGCUACUCGGCUGUGAGGAACCGCCGUCAGAAGACCCUCCGCGUGAGGUGCAGCUUGUGGCCAAGAACCCUCUGGGAAGUAAAAAUGAGCGCCAAUAACACGACGCUGCCGAUCGAGGCGGCAAGCCCGAGCCAGGUCUCUGUCAAUGUGCCGUAUAUCCUGUUGGAGCUCGUCAUCGCACUGCUGUCGUCGGUCGGCAACCUGCUGGUGUGCGUCGCCGUAAUGAAGAACCGCCACCUACGCACGGUCACCAACUACUUCUUGGUGUCACUGGCGGUGGCGGACGUGUGCGUGGGUGCUGUCGCCAUCCCCUGCGCCAUCAUGACGGACCUGGGCCUCCCGCGCCACAACUUCCUGCUGUGCGUGCUCAUGCUGUCUGUGCUCAUCAUGCUCACGCAGAGCUCCAUCUUCAGCCUGCUGGCUGUUGCCGUCGAUAGAUACGUGGCUAUUUUCAACCCGUUUCGAUACAAGGUGAUAAUGACGCACCGCAACGCUCUAAUCACCAUCGUGCUCACCUGGCUCAUGGCCUUCCUCAUCGGCCUGGUGCCGGCCAUGGGCUGGCACAAGGGUUCGCCCAGCGACAGCUACUGCUACUUCGUGGCCGUCGUUGAUAUGAACUACAUGGUGUACUUCAACUUCUUUGGCUGCGUGCUCACGCCUCUGAUCAUCAUGUUCGUCAUCUACGCGCGCAUCUUCCUGCAAGUGCGGCACCAGCUGCGUCGCAUCGCCAACGAGGCCAGGGGUGGCGCCGGCAAUGCCCAGGUAAGCAAUCGUCGGCAGCAAUGAGCGUUGCGAUUCAGUAGCGCGCUAGUGUUUUUUGUUUUUUACGUGUCGGUAUAGUGGCUUGUGUAAGCAGCCGUACAGAUUUAAUGGUGCCUGCAUGGCCGCGAGACAGCUGCAAGACAGCAGUACGGCAAUUAAGAGAGUUACCCCCUCGUAUGUGUGGGUUUUUAUUUUUCUCAGGUGCUCCAGUUUCCUCCCACAUCAAACACUAAUUGAAUUGAACAGGCGAAAUACAUACUGAUGUAGGACCCUCCUGAAAAAGUCAUGAGACUGAAGUGAAGCUUUCCUAGGUAAGACAAUAUUAUCAUUUAGGCUGGUGACAGCUGACUGAAAUCCAUAAACUCUUUUUGGAGGGAGACAACAGAAAAACGUAUGAGCAACCAUUAUUACAUUAUACAAUUGAUUUUUUCCACACGUGAAAUUCUCGUUUGGUAUUUUUUACCAUCACGCGAAAUAAAAACCGAUUACUCGCUUCUCAAUUAGCUCAGUAUGAAGCUACAUGACUGCAAAGUUACUUGGUAGGCUUAAGAGUACAUUUUCUCUCCUUCUCCAGCAUUUUUAUUGCUCGUUACAAUUGCAUUUCGUCCAAUAUGGAAAAGAGGCAGAUAACGUAUCCAGCUAUAAACCAGGCUACCCGAGUUCGAUUCCCAGUCAUGGUUAGCUCUGUGGCGAGCGAUAUCUGAACUGGUCUUAGCCCACCUCCCUCCACUAAACCACACUAACCAGAAUGGUGAAGUAUGGUAAAAUAAAAUGACCAACACAGCAUGGAGAGGCCUCAUCUAGCAGUCAAUGAAAUCCUUCAAUCGGCAGUGAAAUUACUUUAUAUUAUCAAUAUUACAUUUUUAUAAAUUUGAUAAUACUCACACAGUGAACCUCCUAUAAUCCACAGACCUAUACUGCCCUAUACCUAUUACUCAUAGCCACAAUUGAUCUACGGAGACUCUUGUUAGACAGAGAUGGAUUCUUAUUAUCUGUGUUGAUACGUGGAUAAAGCAGCCACUUGGAAGUUGAUUCCCAGAAACACUACACUAAUUUUAUUACAGUAUUCCCUCAUUAUUCACGAAUUUCCUAUCCGAAAUUUUGGCUAUCCGCGACUACACGAAUGCACCCAGAGAGAGAAAUCAAGUGAUGAGAGAGAAUUUUAUGCGAGAAAGUGAUGAGAUAAUGUGAUGAUGCGCAGCAUCAACAUAAUUUAAGGUAAAUUUCGAUUUAAAGCUUUCGUGACUGCAAGGAUUCAUCUUCUUUGGUUCUUUCGGU